UGUCACAUGACGGUAGUGUCAGUCUCUGUUUCUCUGGCGUAGGGGCUGUUUAAACUCUGGACUCCGAACUACAGUAAUACCGGAGCCCGCAUUUGUAAGAAGGAAAAGCGUUAGCGGCGCCCUGAAAUUUGAAUUGCAAAAGUUGCCAUUUAUUUUCUUUUUUCGAGAAAACCACAGGCUUUUGUGUCCUUGGCUCCUGUUGUUGUUGUUGUUGUUGUGGCGGCGCUAACACUAGCUUAACCCGUUAGCACUAGCAUCUGUGGCUAAAGCUAUAGCUAAUCGCAGUGAUUGAGCGGUGAUACAGCCGCAGAAACAUGAAGAAGAACGGCGUGCAAUCACGGUGGAGCCUCGCGGUGACGCUACAUUUGCUUUUAGCAGCCAUUGUUCAUCAGGGCUUUGCAACUGUUGCCCCACCCACAGCUGCCCCAACAACAACUGCUGCCCCACACAAAGACCCCAGCAAUCCUGAAAAAGGAAACUACGUGGUCAACGGCAAAAACGACACGGCCUGUUUGCUGGCAGCCAUUGGCGUCCAGCUCAACGUCUCCUUCAGCUCUGUGUCCCAGAACCAGACUGUACAGGAAGUUGUUAACAUACAGCCAAGUGCUACAAACAGCUCUGGUUCAUGUGACACAGACAGCGCCUCCUUGCGGCUGAUGACAACAGACGUACAGAAAACCAACCUUACCUUUAAUUUCACCUUGAACACCACGUCCAACAAGUACUAUUUGAGUGAGGUGGCUCUGUCUGCUGCCUGGCCUGACAUGAAAGACCCUGUCUCCGUUCGUAACACCUCUCUGGACUACUUGAGGGGCUCCCUGGGAUACUCUUACAUGUGCCGAGACAAGCAGACACUGUUUGUCUCCAAGGAUUUUUCCAUGAACAUCUUCCAGGUUCAGGUACAGCCGUUUGGUUUGACUGGAAACCAGUUUGGAGCAGCUGAGGAAUGCCAACUGGACGAGGACGACAUGUUGAUCCCCAUCAUCGUUGGAGCAGCUUUAGCAGGUCUGGUCCUGAUUGUGCUCUUGGCCUAUCUCAUCGGCAGAAAGAGGAGCCACGCUGGCUACCAAACCAUCUAAGGUGGCUUCAUCACUCACUUGCCCCCGUCAUCUGGGGCCCUAUCCAUGAUAUUAACCACUGUUUAAUGAGACUUUACCCCCCCCCCCCCCCCUUCUCGCCACUUUCAUCUCUGUGUUCAGUAAUGCAACUCUUUAUCAUUCUAUCAGAUUCUAGCUGCGCUUUCUGAACUCAUCCAAAGGGAAAUUGUUUAAAACAAACUCUCUACUGAUGCCACCUAAAACAGAGGGGUCGCUCAGAGGGUCCAAAGCUUAAUGGGGUGGAUAUGUCAAAGGGAUUGUGGGAUAUGAGGGAAUCACUACCACAGCUUCUCUUGAUCUGUGACGUUAUUCAGCUUAUUUCAGCUGUGUCAUUUAAUUAUGUUCUUAUUGUAAAGGGAAUAUGUUCAGUCGUUCCACUUCAGACAGAACAAUCUGAUGUUUUUAUCAAAACUCAUACGAAACAAAUUCAUAGGGGGUUUAUUGUUGGAGCAGCCUAGAGGUAGAUUUGUGGGCUGUAAUAAAAUGUCUUUCAUUGCCAAUUGGUACUCAAUAUUUUAUAUGUGGACAUGCAACCACAAAGUUCAUGGGUGUUGGGGACUCUCUAUUUCACUUUAAGGUUUGUUACAUAAUAAUUGUUUACUUUGGGAUAUUUGGGCAUGUCUGCAAUGUUGUUAACUAUAAUCAUUUAAAGGUACAGUUAGGGUAGAUCAUCUUAUGAUUAUGUGCAUUAAUCAAAACCAACUCAGUAAAUCUAGCUAAAAUGAGAUAAUAUCUUGGGAUGAAGCUGCCACUAACAAAUAAAACUUCAUAAAAAGGGAAGGCAUUGGACCAGGCCUGUAACCAUGGAUCAUGUGUUUAAAAAAAAAAAAAAAGAAUACAGUCAAGCAUUAAUGGCAACUAUAUGUGGUCACCAUGUGUUAUUUAAAAUAUUGACUUUGCCUUCAAUUAGGUAAUCUCUUGUCGGUGCAACUGUUAUUCUCAGUUAUACGCACUUUGUACCUUUAUGCUUUGUCUUUUAAAUACCCAUCAAAGAAUCACAUUUUAUUAUACCAGAACCUAAGCUUCCAUUUGUUGCUAUCUGCAUUACGUCUGAGAGAAAAGCCUACCCAGGCCUCACAGUGUUUGUUUCAAUACAUAGUAACUUAAGUCGUUACAUUAAUAUUUCUGAUCAUUGCAGUGCAUUUUCAUUUUCAAAUUGUAAAAACCUCGACUGCAUGGAGACACCAAUUUGCACCAAUUCAAACUUGUGAUUUGUUGUAGGCAGGUCUGUUGGACACCAGAACAGCACCGUCAGGUGUCUGUGAGUUCACAUGGUCAUGGGGGCAAGUAGCAGGUUUCUCCAACUUGAGAAGCUGAUACUUAACCAUUGUCUCCAUGGUUAAGUGUCAGCUUUUUCUAAUUUGAAUUCAACAAAUUCCUUAGACAUAAAAUUUUAUUUUAGUUGUGUAAAUAUUUGUGUUGUAAUAAAAAAAACCAGUCCAGACACUGGUAUCCUACUGGUUUUAGGUCAGUAAUGGAACAAACCAUACAUUCAAUGAUCUGUUCCUUUGUUAUAUCCAGUUCCGUAUAACCACAAUCGUCCUCUAGUAAUGUGUACUGACUUGGCUCACACUCCUUUGUUCAGCCUGAUUAUUGACUGACUUGUGGGUUGGUAUGGCAGGAUUGAUGCUAAAUGUAACUAAAGGUCUUCUGGGCGCUGCUUCAUAUUCACUGUACAGACAUGGAAAGUGCACAUAAGUAAACCCUAUUUCGUCAUAGACACUACAGCCUCCAUUUUGCGUUCUACUGUUACAAACGCGACACGUCAGAAUUUGCAUAAACAAUCUCAACUAGUACUGUUGGUGUAAUGUAGGAAAAAAAAGCUCAGGAGAAGGUCAAUGUUGUUUUGUUUAUCCACUACUUUGUUCUUUUCUUUUCUUCUUUUUUAUUUUUUUAUUUGACUUUGGGCCCAUGUGGGAUUUUGUUUUUGUUUUUUGAAGGGAAAUAAGUUGCACAAAAGUCCUGAGGAGAUAAUAAUGUAAGAAAGCUCCGUGUGAUGGUUAUGAAAAUGGCCAUAAUGCUUUGGUCAGUGGUCACCAGUGCCUUCUUAACUGUGACAUGGACAGGAUCAGAGUCAGGGCAGACUACUUCCACUCA